UGUUACUAAAAUGAUCUCUCACAUUAGAAUUAUUAAUUUCUAGGAAAUUACUUGUUGAGACUUCUCAGGUACUAGAAUAGAAGCACGUUAAGAUUAAAUUUCAGAAAAUGGAGGUUACGAUCGCGAACCCGAAGCCUAAUCAAAUGAUAACAUGCCCAUACGAGAAGGCGCAUAUAGUAGAACACUACAGGAUGCACAUACACCUGCAGAAGUGCCGCAAACAACAUCCGGCUUGUAACAAAGUGCAGUGCCCGUUUGAUGCUACACACGUCGUUAAUGAUGUGGAACUCGAUUUCCAUGUAACGGUGUGCCCUAAACGUCACAUGCUGGACACACAGCUGUACAUCACGGAUGACGAGUACAGACCUACAGUGGAAGUCCAUGCCACACCGGUGCUGCCGAGCGACGAGAACUGGGACGACGAGACAUCAACUUCAUACAUACCGGAUCCAUCGAAGAAGGGCGCCCAUAUAAUAACAAAAGCUAAAGGCUUGACCCGCUCAGAGAGGCAGAGUCUGAGGAAGGAAUUGAUAAAGACUUACAGACCAUUAGAAUAGACUUAACUUAAAUUUGUAAAUUCCCGUAAAACUUAGUAACUGUCCUCCUCUAAGAAGUUAAAGUACUAUAUCACUUAUUUUCAGUGUAUUACAGUGUAAGUGACUAUUCACCAGUUGUAUCGGUGUUUUUUUUUUUGUAACUAUAAUAGAACUAGGUAAAUAAAUUAAUUGUUGUGAUAGUAGAUUGAUGUACCAAUUUAAGUAUAUGACAAAUGAGUCGACUAGUAUCAAAGCCGGCAAUGUGACUUUUGGACAAUUACUGGUAAAUCAGAAAAACGAAUUAUUGAC